AUGUCAGGUUUCAAGAAAUUCGCGGUCGCCGGUGCAGGCAAUCUUAGGCGAUAUAUCAUCGAAGAGCUGUUGAAACUUAAGCAGAGCGGGGCUGCUGGUUCAGUAUCGGUGCUAAGUCGACUGUCUUCAGCACUCUCGGGCACUGAAGUUGUGAUCUCGACACUGGGCGGUGUGUCGACCCUCCAAAAUGAGCAAACUGUCCUGGCUGAGGCCGCGAAGCACGCGGGGGUGAGGCUUUUCGUGCCCUCCGAGUUUGGCACGCUUACCAAAGACCUCAAGGAAGGCUUAUUUCCGUACUUUGAUUGGGAUUUACCGAACGGCAAAGUGACCAUCCAAGGUGAAGGCAAUGCUCCGGGUGACAGAACGACGCUGAACGAGUUGGCGGACGCGUACCAAGCAAAGAGUGGGAAGAAGUUGGAUCUUUCUCAUAUGUCAAAAGUCGAGCUGAGGGCGGCUUUGAGGAAAGAUAGCGAAGACUUGGCGAGUCUCGCGCUUUUCCUGUCGUUGCAGCUGGACGAAGGGUUUUGCAUUGCACGGAAGCCCGAGGAGCUGGACAAUCACCUCUUUCCCAGUUGGAACCCUACGAAGGCUGUUGACGCGCUUCUAGGACAGUAAAGGUACCGAAUGUAUUGCGUCGAAGUGGCGAUAUCUGAAUUAAUGUCUGUUCG